AACGGAGAUGUGGAAUUUGAAACAUUUCUGAUCCAGGUCCAGCCACUGUUUACCCUGCAGUCAGGCUAUGACAUCAGAGCAAGGACUUUAUAAAAGUGCAUGUGCACAGAGCCAGGCAGUGAAACAAGAGAAACAGUAACGCAAGUAGAAAAUCUCAUUGUGGUGGAACACAUAGUAGAACAUGAUGGACAAGCUACAGAGAGACAGAAAGAGCCUCAUGGCAUGGACACUGCUGUUUUACCUAGGCUCACAGGUGUGCUGUCAGCAGUGUGGCAGCCCUUGUCAGUGCCAAAGCUCUGUACCAGACUGCCCGGAAGGCGUUCCUCUCAUUCUCGAUGGGUGCCAGUGCUGUCAGGUGUGUGCGCGGCAGCAGGCUGAGGCCUGCAGUGAGCUGUUUCCGUGUGACAGUCAACGCGGCCUGCAAUGUGACUAUAGCGCCAGCUUUCCUGGAGACCCAGGAGAGUGUGUCAGUCAAAAGGAGCUGGGCUGUGAACAUAAUGGAGUCUCUUACCAGGAAGGCCAGGUAUUUCAGCCCUCCUGUGCUCUUCAGUGUAGUUGUUCGGGUGGAGGGGUGACCUGUGUGCCCCGGUGCAGUGAGGAUGUUCUCCUGCCCACCCCAGACUGCCCUCAUCCUCGAAGGGUUCAACAACCAGGAAAAUGCUGUAAAGAGUGGGUGUGUGAAAAUAUGGACAACACAGUGCUUCAGGACGCUCACAUAGCUUCAGGAAGAGACCAGACAUUGCCUGCAGACUCUGCAUACCAAACCAGACCUGGUUCAAACUGCAUAGACCAGAGCUCAGAGUGGAGUGCUUGCUCACACACCUGCGGGCCUGGAAUAUCCACACGGGUGUCCAAUCAAAACCCAGCCUGUCGCCUGGAGAUGCAGAUGCGCUUGUGUAUGAUCCGACCCUGUCAGCCUGUUCUCCAGAGAAACCCACAGUGGUCAAGGAGGAAAUGCCAACCCACCUACAGGUCAGUGACCCCGGUGCGGCUUUUCCACCAGGGCUGCUAUAGUAUGCAGUUCUACAGGCCCCGUUAUUGUGGCUCAUGUAAAGACAACCGUUGUUGCACUCCUUACCACACUGGCACGGCACUGGUCACUUUCCGCUGCCCUGGAGGAAGACUGCUCAAUCAUGCUGUCAUGACCAUCAACUCCUGCAUCUGCCAUUACAACUGCCCCUAUUCAUCUGGAGGGGCAUAUAGAGGGACUCCCUUCUGGGGUUAGACA